AUGGAUGACCUGAAAGAACAGGAUAUCAUCAAAAGAAAUGACGAACUAAGAGAAGAGGCUACAACAUUAACUCUUUCCAUAGUCCAAUUGUUGAAUCCGGAAAAUUCUUUCGAAAAUAAGAGUGUGAAGUUCGAAGUUUACUUAAGAAAUCUCAAACUUAUUAUUAAUGAAUAUGAAAAUUAUCCCAAGCUACUUGAUCCCCUUGUUCGCUUUUUUACGGAUAGCUUAACAGAGCUAUAUCUUAAGCUCUAUUCAUCUAACGCACAAUCUACUAUAUAUACGAAUGGUAUCGGUGAGCUCAUAUAUGAACUAUCAAAAAUCCGUGGAUUUAAAUUCUGUGUUGAUUGUCUUUCGAGCGAUAUUUACUUAUUUCCUAGACUACUGAAAUUAAUAAGUCAUUUAGAAGAUAGCAAUGAAAUAUUCUUAGUAUUAAUGUGGCUCUCAAACUUGCUGCUAGUACCAUUUCCUUUAAGGCAAGUAAGUGCGACGCUACCAGAGGAUUUACUAAACAUUGGCUUACAUCACGCACUCAAGCACAACAAUGUAUCCAAAACACAAGUUGUUGCUUCAAUUCUUGUGUCUAGGUUGCUAACGAGACCUGAUUCCUUAAGCGAUGGAAUAUUAAGCAGCUAUCUUUCUGAUACUGUACAAGGGCAACUAGACCCCUCGGAUUCAAGCGUCCAAGCUAUCAGCUUGGGACAUUUGAUAAUCAUAAACAAGAUUAUCAAGAGGGCUCCGGAACUGGAGCUCGCCGAAUAUUGUGAUAAAAUUUAUAAUUUCAUUAACUGGAAUCUCGUUAAUUUGAGGUAUCAGGAGCAGCAUAUGACGGAUCUUAGUAUAAAUAAUUUCAGUACCUUUUAUAUGAUAAAGAUAUUGGGUAAGCUCGCGGUUAUUUAUAGCAAGGAAUCCAAUUUUGUCAAAGUAAGUGCAAUUAUAAAUGACCUAAUUCACAAUGUAAUGAACUGCUUACAACAUCGAAUUGAUACUAAGUUAAGAUAUGCCUUGGCAAAAUCUUUGAAUCACAUAGUUACGAGUCUCUCGAUUUACGCUGUUAAUUAUCAAGACCAGGUGAUGGAAUAUUUAUUUAAGCAAUUGUAUAUUGAACAACCUUUCCUAUUCCACAAUGGUGCAAACUUAAAUGAAUUCAAUAUUGAUUUAAAUAUUCCUUUUAAAGAUACUUCAAUAUCUAAGGUACACAUAAUUUUAUUGUUUCUUGGCUAUCUGUCUUUAGAAAAAGUUCUUCCUAAUCGGUUUUUUCCCCUUGUCAUAAGUAUUACACAUGAAACAUUGUUUUUUGAAGAGUCCCAGAUGAUGAUGUCCUUGGCCACUCAAAUUAGAGAUGCUUCUUGUUUUGUUUUAUGGUCUCUAAUAAGGCUGAUGAACUCUCAGUCAUUUGAUGAUUUGAUACAAAAAGACCCUAGGGUAAUACCAUGGUUACUAUUCGACUUGAUCAGAGCGACAAUAUUUGAUCACGAUUUAACAGUGCGUAGAUGUGGUACAGCUGUCCUUCAAGAGCUUGUAGGAAGGUUUGGAUCAUCGAUGUUCAAGCAUCUUUCAAGUCACGAAGAAGACUUUGGUGAACUAACUAUUCGAUUUGUGGAACAAUUCAAUACCCAUAACGUAUCUACGUUACAUGAGUCGUAUAACUUACUCGAAAAGCUAAUCGAAUUAGGAUUUAGUAAUCAGUUGAUCGUGAAUCAUCUCAUUGGAAGUCUUACAAACGAACAGACAGACUAUAACGUGAAAAAGUUAGGUGCAGCACAUUUGAAGAUCAUCUUAAUCAAAUCAAAUACUAAAAAACAAUCUUUAAUUCCUUUAGGCGAUCAUCAUGGAAAUAUUUGCUUAAAUGAGGUUCUAGAACUUUUGGCGUCGCGUAGGAUAAUGUUUGCCUUCAGUGAAAUUUGUGAUUUGUCAAGUAACAAGCAAUAUGUGAAAAAUGUGCUUAUUCUGAGUGUGAAAUCUUUUACCUUAGAUCAUUUCCAUAAUGGGCUUCUUGAAGCUGAAGGUUUUAUUAAAUGUAUCACAAUUUUAUUGGAGCAUAAUUUUGAAGUUCCAAAUUCUUCUUUUGAAAAAAUGUUUACUAUUAUGCGACUCAAUGAUGUUGAUGGACUUAUUCAUAUUUAUAAGGCUCUAUUCUUGAAGCUUCAUUGUAUAGGGUUUUUCGAAACUGAUGGCAAUUUCGAAACCCUAAUUCGUUAUAUCGAGCGCGGUAAUAUCUUAGCUUCAAAGUGCUGUUUCUAUUAUUUGAAGUUUAAUUUUAGCCAAUUUUCCACAUUGAUCAAUUUGAUAAAUAUGAAGCAUAUUGAUUGUGAUGUGAAGUCUCAUAUGCUAAAUGGCUUAAGUCUUAACUUUAAAGCUUAUGAAUUCAAUAAUGAGAUAUUAAAUUCCUUGAUCCCACACCUAGAUGACUAUACUUUAACGAACCACGGAGAUGUAGGAUCCAAGGUAAGAUAUGCAACAAUAAAACUAAUUGAGAACAACUUAGAGUCUUUUCAAGAACAGCAAUCUGAAAUUGAGCUACGCUUACUCAGAAUUGCAGGAGAGCUCAUAGAUAAAUUGAGAUAUAUAUCUUUGAGCUUAGUAUUAAAGAUGCGAUCAUCAACUUCAGAGGUCUCACACAAUAACUCGGAAACUUAUUUUAAAUGCUUUUUUGAAUUUUAUAAAGAGUUUAGAAUUUCUCUAGAUCUAGACCAAGAUAAUUUAAAUCGGAGUUUUUCAAUAAGUUUCUGGAAAGGGAUCAGUCAUACAGCGGGAGCUUUGACUGGCUCUAGAGAUAUAAUCCAAAGGGCCUUUUUUGAAGUGAUUUUUUUUCUAAAUUCUGCAGAAGACAAGCAAAAAGCAUUUGUCUUUUCUAUCCUUCUUGAAUUGUUAGUGCUUCCGAAGGGGCAACCAUUAAGCAUAUUGAGCUCAAGAGAUGUGAAAGCCUACUCUAAUGUCCUUAAUCUAUUUGUAAGGAUUUUCGAGAGUAAUAUUGGAUAUCCAGCGGAUUUCAAUUUUAAGGCUUUGUACGUGAGAGCUUUCAACCUACUGAUCAAUACUUCAAAUAACGUAAGAGUCGGUCUUUGCUUAAUGGUUUUUAAACAUUUAUCGUUCGAAAAAGAAGUUCCCAAUAACGUACAAGUCGAUGCUCGCAAAAGAAUCGUUUGGAUGAGCUGUUAUCAUAGGAAUCCGUCUAUCAGAACAGUUGGCAGUGAAUGCCUUUUUGAAAUUAUAAGUGAAUUGAAUCCAUCAGCACAACAUUUGUUUGACCUAAUAGAAACUACAGAGUGGGAAGUUUCUCCCAGAGAGCUACAGCUGCAAUAUAAAAAACUAGAAUAUAUAUUUCUGCAUCUAUAG